AUGACCGAUGGACAUAGUGACAAUCCAGCCAACGCUAUUCCUGCUGUUUCCAGCGACAGCAGCGCUGCCCCGGUCCCCGCCGACGUGCGGCCCUCCGCAAACCACCAUGCCGACCCUCCCGCCCAUGAAUUGAAGGAGCAGGACUCCAUCGGGCGGCUUAUGCCGCGGCCGACCUACAUGGAACAUCUGGCUGACUCUCGCGACGCAAUGUUCCAUCUCAACCGCCGCGACUCAAGUGAAUUGGAGCGGUACUUUCACGGUCCCCGUGAUAUGGACAAGCACUCGAAAUGGCCUAUCUUCAUGCGUAUGCAUGGUAGUGUCAUGCCAAAAAUGAUCUUGCCGCUCCUUUGUGUGGCUGCUUGGUCAACAUUAAUUACUUGCCUUUCUCAUUACUUUCAUGCCCUUGGUAUCAACAAUAUCUUGCUCACCGUGCUGGGUUUCGUGGUGGGUUUGGCGUUGUCAUUCCGUUCUUCGACCGCAUAUGAAAGAUGGGCCGAUGGACGCAAGUACUGGGCUCAGCUAAUUCAGACCUCUCGCAACUUGGCCCGCACGAUCUGGGUCAACACCGGCGAACGUGAGGGAGAAGAGGGCAAGGUUGAUCUUCUGCGAAAGCUCACCGCUAUGAACCUCAUCUUGGCAUUCGCCGUCGCCCUGAAGCACAAGCUGCGCUUCGAGCCCGAUAUCGCAUACGAAGACUUGGCCGGCCUCGUUGGCCACAUGGACACAUUCGCCCGCGACGCCCACGACCAUGAGAGACUCCACCCAAAGACCAAGUCCUUCUGGAAAUCUACUGGAGAGUACCUCGGUGUCUCUUUCGCCGAGUCCAACCCCCGAAAGAUGGUCAAGCGCUCCAAGAAGCCCCUGGGACAUCUUCCCCUGGAGAUUCUGAACCACCUGUCAGCCUACAUUGAUUCGUGCGUCAAAAACGGCACCCUGACCUCGGGUCUGCACCAGAGCCAAGCUAUCACCAUGAUGUCGACCUUAAACGAGGUCCUGACUGGCACCGAGCGAGUGCUGGACACUCCUCUGCCUACGGCGUACACCAUUGCCAUUGCCCAGAUCGCCUGGAUCUACGUCAUUGUUCUUCCCUUUCAGCUGCAUCCAGUCCUUAAUUGGGUCACCAUCCCUGCUUCUAUCGUGGCGGCAUACAUCAUCUUGGGCCUGGCCACAAUUGGCAGCGAGAUCGAGAACCCCUUCGGCCAAGAUGUCAAUGACCUUCCGCUGGACACCUACUGCCGCCAGAUUGCCCUGGAACUCGAUAUCAUGACAUCCACCCCGGCCCCGAAGGUAGAUGAUUUCAUGAGUCGCCCGGAUAACCUGGUUCUGUUCCCGCUGAGCCAGAGCGGCUACCCUGAGUGGAAGUCUCGGAGCGUCGAGGAUAUUCGUGCUGCUCUGAAGGCAAAGAUAGUUGCGAACCCGGCCCCUGCCCCAUCGGAUGCCUCUACCGUCGUGGAGAACGUGUCUUUCAAGGCGUCCAAGGACUCCGUUUGA